UUAAAUUUCUCGUUCACUCACCAUGCCGGAAGCUAUUUGUUUCAAUAUCCUAUCUUUUUAUCCAGAAAUGGUAUCCUUGAAAAUGGCUGAACGGGGACAAACUCGAAUCACUCCAAGUGAGAGUUCUGGAUGUCGAGCAACGAGACAAAGUGGAAGAGCACGUCGUCAAAGAGCAUAUUUUCGAGGUCGAGAGAUCAUACGAAAUGGUGUCCCCAGUGCGACACAAAACCUAUUACGGAAUGAAAGGGUUAUACGAAGGGAAAGAGAGAAGAAACUGAAAGAAUUCAAGUCUUUUAAGAUGUCACCUAACAUUAGUGUUGCUAGUUUUAUACAUCUGUUUAAGAUGAAACAUGUAGAACUAGAAAACUAUGUAGAAGUCUAGGAUUGGGAAGAAUUAGUUAUUUUAGAAAAUUCUCUCCGUGAUCCUUGGGGCGAGAAAUUAAUUGAUGUUUACCACGAGAUUUGACCUAGCAGCCUUUUGGGUGUACAUAAGUCGUCUAGAAUAUUUGUGGAAUGACUUUUAUUUUUUAGAUUGACUUGUAACAUGAAGUUACUUAUUAACUUUAUAUAUUAUAUAUAUUAAGUUGUUUAUCUCUUUUUACGUGAA